UCCAAAGCCCUAUCCAAAAUGUACUUGUACAAAUACGCGGUACCCGUCUGUGGCUACGGACUCUUCACAGCUCCUGUACCCAUCUGGAAGCGCCACCGCAAAAUAAUAAUGCCGGCGUUCAACCAGAAAAUCCUCGAUGGGUUCGUGGAGGUGUUCGGACGUCAGAGUACCACCAUGUGCACCCAGUUGGAAAAGCACGUCGACGAAAAAUUCGAUUUGUUCGACGUUGUCAGCAAAUGUAGUUUGGAUAUUCUUUGCGAAACGGCCAUGGGUGUGACCAUUAACGCGCAAAAUGGCGACUCAGAUUUCGGUCAUUGUGUCGACAGGUUGUUAGAAAUCGUGUUCUUGCGAAUGUUCGUAAUAUGGUACCACUUUGACUGCAUUUUCAAGUGGACUGGUUUAUAUCAAGAUGAACGACGUCUGACGCAACAAUUUAACGACUUCACGGAGAAGAUAAUCAAGGAGAGAAUGGAGAGGUUUGAGGGAAACGUCGGUACUUUCAAGCGUAAAGCGUUUUUAGAUUUGUUGAUUGGGGAAGAUAAAUUGACGAUUGAGGAAAUUAGGGACGAAGUGAAGACGUUUAUGAUUGCGGGUUCGGACACCACAGCUACCACUAACUGUUUUAUUUUUGCGAUGUUGGGAAUGCACCCUUUGGUACAGGAUCGUGUGUUGGAGGAAGUUGUAGGGGUUGUAGGUACUGAUCGGGAGGUACUGCCUGAGGAUUUGCCGCACUUGAAAUACACGGAGAGGGUUAUUAAAGAAACACUAAGAUUAUUUCCGAAUGGACCCUACAUUGUACGAGAUAUCGAAGACGAUUUAGUUCUAGACGACGAUUUAAUCCUUCCUAAAGGGUCGUCAGCAAUUUUGGGCAUUAUUCACGUCCAACGAAACAGCAAGUACUGGCCGGACCCCCUCAAAUUCGACCCUGAUAGGUUCCUACCAGAAGAAGUAGCAAAAAGACACCCUUUCGCCUACUUGCCUUUUUCCGGGGGUCCACGAAACUGCGUCGGACCCAGAUACGCAAUGAUGACUAUGAAGGCAGUACUUGCCACUGUAAUCAGACGAUUCGAAUUUUCCACAAGCUAUAAAACCGUCGAAGACAUCAAACUGAAGACCAAUUUGGUCUUGAGACCAGUAGACGGCUUCAAGGUUUUUGUUACAACGAGAAACUAAAUCGGUACUACUUUGUAUGGUUUGGUAUAUAAUAAA